CAGAUAUUAAUAUAAAAACAGAGUUCAUAUUCAAACAGCAUCAUUCAAUAAUCGAGUGAACCACAAGAACCACCAACAUGAUCGCCAAAAUCGUACUUCUGGUAGCGGGAGUGGCGUGUGUGAGCGCGCAGCACUACUCUCACGGCGCGGCCGUGUCCUCGCAGUCCAUCGUCCGCCACGACCUGUCGCACGGCCAGCAGUACGCACCCCUCAUCCAGCACGCCGCCCCCGUCAUUCAGCACGCCGCCCCCCUCAUCCAGCACGCCGCCCCCCUCAUCCAGCACGCCGCUCCCCUCAUCCAGCACGCCGCUCCCCUUAUCCAGCACGUCCAGCACGUCGCGCCCGUGCAGCAAGUCGCCCACUCCGCGCCCCUCGUCAGCCUGCAAGGCGGACACCAGAUUGAGGCGUACAACACCCACCCUAAGUACGAGUUCGAGUACAGCGUGUCGGACCCGCACACCGGCGACAUCAAGUCCCAGCACGAGGCUCGCGACGGAGACGUGGUCAGCGGCUCCUACAGCCUGCACGAGGCCGACGGCUCUGUGCGUACAGUGCACUACAGCGCCGACGACCACAGCGGCUUCAACGCCCAGGUGGAGCACUCCGGACCCUCGGCGCACGCGCAGCCCGCGCACCAGUUGCUCGCCCAUCAUUAA